GCUCUCUUGAAGAAGCUGCGGAGCGACACGGCGGAGUCUGAGCUGAGCUGCCAGAAGGAGCCCCUGACUUCCGCCGACCUCCAGGCACUGGCAGACAUCCUGGCAGAGAACCUUCUGCUCGUGAAGAUCGAUCUGAGGGAAUGUGGAGUUGACGUCGCUGGUGCGCAGGCACUGGGCGCAGCGCUGAAGCUCAACAAGACACUCAAAGAGCUUGACCUUCGCUGGAAUGCGGACAUCGGCGACGAGGGCUGCAAGGCCUUGGCCGAGGGCCUCGCCGAGAACCGAAGCCUCGAGAGGAUCGACCUGGGCGGCUGCAGAAUCGCAACCGCCGGCGCCCAGGCUUUGGGCACGGCGCUGAAAGCGAACGGGACGUUGAAAGACCUUUAUCUCGGCUACAACGACGCCCUCGGCGCAGAGGGUUGCGAGGCCUUGGCGGAGGGCAUCUUGCGGAAUGUCGGGCUGGUGGAGGUGAAUCUGAAGUGGUGUGACGUCCCGGAAGUCUGCGAGAAGGCUUUGGCGGCGGCGGCGGAAGGCAACCCCACGCUUCAGCUGCUCCAGGUGCGAUCUUGA